GAACAAAUUGAGAAACAUUUGUCGUUCACUAGCUUACAGAGUCUUAUUUCCAUUCAUCACAGGAGUUGCUCGAUCGUGCUUCACUAUCAGAUUGUUCUAUCCUUUCUUUAAGCCGUGUUGUUAAAGAAAUAUAGGUUUCCUUUUUUCCUUUAAGUUACAAUAUGAUUGGGGGAAAUUAUUCGUUUAAUAAACACUCGAUUUGCAUUAUGUAACUACACAUGCGCUAUUAGCAAUCUGACUUGUAUUCUAUUCACUGGAUCAUGUGGCGUGUAGUUUCGUAGGAAGCCGGUUAAAUUAAGUUUAAUUUAUUUUGAUAUUAAUGAGUUUUUAGGAAAAUAAGUACAAAAUGGUUGAAGAACAACAGAAACGAGUCGAAGAACAUACUAGCAAAAUAGUCGAAGAAAUUGAUAAAUCAAUGAGAAAAAUGAAGGGUGAUGCAUAUAGAUGUGCUGCAAUUUGUUGUGAUAAUGAGACCUAUAGUAUACAACGAGUACAGAACUGUGUAAAAAAUUGCAAUAAUUCACUGGAUCAAGCUCAAGAAUAUGCUAGAGAAGAACUGGAAAGAGUUCAAAAUCGAUUACAAAGGUGUGUUAUGGAUUGUAAUGACAGAAUAAAAGAUGCGGCAGGUCCAAAUCCAUCACAGCGUGAUUUGGAAAAAUAUAGUGACAUAUUUGAUAAGUGUGUAACAAAAUGUGUAGAUAAUUAUUGUGAAACAUUACCUACCUUACAAAAAACAAUGAAGAAUGUUUUAUCUGAGAAGAAAUAUCAACAAUAACAUAAAUAAAACUAAUGAAUUGCAAUCUAGAGAUAAUAAAGUUAUUAGAUACUAAACUGCCAA